AUGGCGGAUUCGGCAGUCGCCAACGGCGACGCUCCGGCCAUGUCCGAGUACAACCUGAUCCCGAAGCUCGUGGGCCGCCUGGACCGGCACAUGAUCUUCCCGCUGCUCGAGUUCGUCAACAGCCUGCUCGAGGACGAGGAGGGCAACAUCAAGGACGCGACCAAGGCGCGCGAGGUCACCAAGGCCAAGUUCGAGCUGCUGAGGAAGACCAACAUGACCGACUAUGUCGCCAACCUGUACUGCGAGCUCGAGGAUCUUGACGAGCCGCCCGCCGAGUUCGCUGAGAAGAGGCAGGGUGUGCUGGCAAGGCUGGGCCAGCUGGAGGAGGAGACGAGCAAGAUCCGGGGCCUACUUGAGAGGGACGAUGUCGUCUCCAACCUUAGGAGUGACAAGGUGGCUAAUCUGGAGUUCUUGAAGCGGGAUCACGAGGUCACCCCCGAGAUGGUGGACGCUCUUUACGACUUUGGAAACUUCCAAUAUAGCUGCGGCAGCUACGCCUCUGCCGCUGAUCUCCUGUAUCAGUUCCGCGUCCUGUCCACGGAUAACGACAAGGUCUCCGCCGCCACGUGGGGAAAGCUUGCGUCCGAGAUCCUGACUGCGAAUUGGGAGUCCGCCAUGGAGGAGCUGCAAAAAGUCAAGGAGUUGAUCGACACCAAGCUCUUCAGCAACCCGCUCGCCCAGCUCCAGCACCGCACCUGGCUCAUCCACUGGGCUCUGUUCCCGCUCUUCAACUACGAGGGCGGCCGCGAUACCCUGCUCGAUCUCUUCUUCUCUGCGGGAUACAUCAACACCAUCCAGACUUCGUGCCCCUGGAUUCUCCGCUACCUGACCGCGGCCGUUAUCACGAGCCGUGGCCGCGCACGCACCUUUAACACGUACCAGAAGCAGCUCAAGGACAUUGUACGCAUCGUUAAGCAGGAGGCAUACGAGUACACGGACCCGGUGACCGAGUUCGUGCGGACCCUGUACGUGGACUUCGACUUUGAGGAAGCGCAACGGCAGCUGGUGCGGGCCGAGGAGGUCCUGCAGUCCGACUUCUUCCUCGUCGCGUCUGGCGACGCCUUCGUGGACUCAGCGCGGCACCUUAUCUCGGAGUCGUACUGCAAGAUCCACGCGCGCAUCGACAUCAAGGACCUGAGCGCGCGGCUCGGGCUCAACCAGGACGAGGGCGAGAAGUGGAUCGUCAACCUGAUCCGGGACACGAGGGUCGACGCCAAGAUCGACUACAAGGAGGGCACCGUCGUCAUGAACCACCCUCCCAGCUCCGUGUACCAGCAGGUCAUCGAGAGGACCAAGGGUGGCUUCUUCCGGACCCAGGUGCUCAGUGCUGCGGUUGCCAGGUAG